AUGCGCGUGUGCAUCACCCUCGUAGUGGCACUUGUUUCCCUUCUUGUGGUCAAUAGCGCUGUGCUGGCAGCGAAAGCUUCGACGCUAACCGAUUUGGUGCAGUUUGGGCCCAGAUUUGUCGAGAAUCGUCAGCGUGACAGUUUCCGCUUUCUGAGAACGCGCCAAGAUGACGGUUUGGACAAUGAAGAACGAGGCGUCAAAGAAAUGGGGAACUAUGUUGUGAAGAUAUUCAGCAAGGAGAAGCGCCUCCUCGACUUGUUCACGAAAGCCAGGAAUGAGAAUAAUUUCCCGAAGAUGUCGAAAAAAGGCGGUCCCGACUUACUGAAAGACGCUCUGAAAUACUUACGCAAAAAAGGUGUUGCUGACUCUAAGCUUAUAGGGCUUGAUGACAUUGCGGAGAGGUUUUCGACGGAGUGGUAUCGCGUUCACGGCAACCUCUAUGGUAACAGAGGUUGA